AUGUCUGAUAAGGCAGUAGACAAGGAGACGGCGCACGGCGCUGAUGGUGUUGUGCUCCAGCCCACCGACGAUGUCAACAGGAUCGAGGCCCCAGUCACGUGGAAGGCGUAUAUGAUCUGCGCUUUUGCUUCCUUUGGCGGUAUCUUCUUCGGUUACGACUCUGGAUACAUCAAUGGUGUCUUGGGUUCUCAAAUCUUCAAGGAUGCAGUCGAAUUCGAGGGUGCUAAAGAGGUCUCGGAGAGCAGAACCUCGCUCAUCGUGUCUAUUCUGUCUCUGGGUACCUUCUUGGGCGCUAUUAUCGCUGGAGAUGUCGCCGACCGAAUUGGCCGAAAGUGGACCGUCAUUGCUGGCUGCUUUAUCUACAUGCUUGGUGUUGUUAUCCAGAUGAUUACUGGUGAGGGUGAUGCCCUUGCCGCUAUCGUCGUUGGUCGUCUGGUUGCUGGUCUUGGUGUCGGUUUUGAGUCCGCCAUCGUCAUCCUGUACAUGUCCGAGAUUUGCCCCCGCAAGGUCCGUGGCGCUCUCGUAGCUGGCUAUCAAUUCUGCAUCACCAUCGGCAUUCUGCUAGCUGCCUGUGUCGUCUACGGCACAAAGGAACGCGAUGACACUGGCGCCUACCGCAUCCCCAUUGCCAUCCAAUUCCCCUGGGCUCUGAUUCUCGGUGGUGGUCUCAUGCUCCUUCCCGACUCUCCUCGUUACUUCGUCAAGAAGGGCAGGAUUGAAGAUGCCGCCCAGGCUCUCUCCCGCCUUCGAGGCCAGCCCAAGGAAUCCGAGUACAUUCGUGCCGAACUUACUGAGAUUGUCGCCAACGAGGAGUACGAACGUGCUCUCAUCCCCGAUACGACCUUUAUUGGCAGCUGGAUGAACUGCUUCAAGGGUGGUCUUAGCCACGGCAAGUCCAACCUUCGCCGCACAAUCCUCGGUACCUCUCUCCAGAUGAUGCAGCAGUGGACCGGUGUCAACUUCAUCUUCUACUACUCAACUCCCUUCCUCCAGUCGACCGGUGCCAUCGAGAACGUCUUCUUCAUCUCCCUCAUUUUCACUCUCGUUAACGUCUGCUCCACUCCUCUUUCCUUCUGGACAGUCGAGAGGUUUGGUCGCCGAACUAUUCUCCUCUAUGGCGCCCUUGGUAUGCUCAUCUGCCAGUUCAUCGUCGCUAUCGUUGGUGUCACUGCCGGUUUCAACCACACCCAUAAAGUUCCCGACCCAACCGCCGAUGAUGGAUUUAAGUCGAUCGCGAACAACAUUCCUGCUGUCAACGCCCAGAUUGCCUUCAUCGCCAUCUUCAUCUUCUUCUUCGCCUCUACCUGGGGUCCUGGUGCCUGGAUUGUCAUCGGUGAAGUUUUCCCUCUUCCCAUCCGAUCUCGCGGUGUUGGUCUCUCUACCGCCUCCAACUGGCUCUGGAACACCAUCAUCGCUGUCAUUACUCCCUACAUGGUCGGCGAGAAGCGGGGCAACAUGAAGUCUUCUGUUUUCUUUGUCUGGGGUGGUCUGUGCACAUGCGCUUUUGUCUACACCUACUUCCUUGUCCCUGAGACCAAGGGCUUGACCCUUGAGCAGGUUGACAAGAUGUUGGAGGAGAGCACCCCUAGGACCUCUGCGAAGUGGCGACCUACGACCACUUUCGCGACCACCAUGCAUAUGGAGAAGGGCACCGUGGAGCAUGUUUAA